AUGAGCCAGGUGCCGGGCAAGCUGCGGGAAGAGGAGGACGGCGAGGAGGAGGAGGAGGAAGAUGAAGAAGAGGAGGAGGAGGAAGACGAGGACGAGAUUGUUGGGCUGUCGGAUUAUGGCGAGCGGGCGGGCUCCUUUUCCGACGGUGACCCGGAGAGCGGUGGGGACGAGGCGUUUCUAGAUUUCAAUGAUCCCUUCAAUACUGAAGUCAAACCAAGAAUCCUGCUUAUGGGACUGAGGAGAAGUGGAAAAUCUUCCAUCCAGAAAGUUGUGUUUCAUAAGAUGUCACCAAAUGAAACUCUUUUCUUGGAGAGCACUAACAAGAUCUGCAGAGAGGAUGUUUCCAAUAGCUCCUUCGUAAACUUUCAGAUAUGGGACUUUCCUGGGCAAAUUGACUUUUUUGACCCAACCUUUGACUAUGAGAUGAUAUUCCGAGGCACUGGAGCACUGAUAUUUGUUAUUGAUUCUCAGGAUGACUAUAUGGAAGCAUUGGCUAGACUGCAUCUGACUGUGACAAGAGCAUAUAAAGUCAAUCCAGACAUAAACUUUGAAAUAUUUAUUCACAAAGUAGAUGGUUUAUCUGAUGAUCACAAGAUUGAAACACAAAGAGACAUUCACCAGAGGGCAAAUGAUGAUCUAGCAGAUGCUGGACUGGAAAAAAUUCACUUGAGCUUUUAUUUAACAAGUAUAUACGACCAUUCUAUAUUUGAAGCAUUUAGCAAAGUCGUACAGAAACUGAUCCCCCAGCUUCCAACACUGGAGAAUCUGCUUAACAUCUUUAUCUCGAAUUCUGGGAUUGAGAAAGCCUUUCUCUUUGAUGUAGUCAGUAAAAUUUAUAUUGCAACAGACAGUUCCCCUGUGGACAUGCAGACUUAUGAGCUCAGCUGUGAUAUGAUAGAUGUUGUGAUUGACAUUUCCUGCAUCUACGGGCUCAAAGAUGAUGGUGCAGGAACCCCAUAUGACAAAGAAUCAACAGCAAUAAUAAGACUGAACAAUACAACUGUCCUGUAUUUAAAGGAAGUGACAAAGUUCCUCGCUCUUGUUUGUUUUGUCAGGGAAGAAAGCUUUGAGAGAAAAGGACUGAUAGACUACAACUUCCAUUGUUUCCGAAAGGCUAUACAUGAAGUAUUUGAAGUAAGAAUGAAAGUAGUGAAGGCACGGAAGAAUCAGAACCAGAUGCAGAAAGCCAAGAGGGCCACCCCUAACGGCACACCUAGAAUGCCACUCUAGCUGAUUUUAUGCCACUGUUCACUUGUAAGACUUCUUGCGUCAGGUAUUGAGGCCAUAAGGUUCCACAGCCAGAGGACGAUCAGGACUGAUGUUCUCUUAACAUGGAUUUAUACACACUACCCUCCCCCAAAAAACAUUGUAUCUCCUAUCUAGUUGUUCCUAUUAAGAAAUAUCUAUGGCAGAGCUGUGUGCACUCAUUUCAUGUUUCAUGAUGGAAUUGGACUGUUGAUGAAUUAA